GUGUGCGUGUGUGAGUGAGUGUGUGUGAGCGUGUGUGUGAACAAGUUGAUAUUAAUUAGAAAUUUCUUCAGCCCGACGUUUCUUUUUUCUUUUUUUUUUCCUCCCCCCUUGGUGAAAGCUCUGAGAGUAACGCAGCGGAGGAGGAAGAGGAGGAGGAGGAAGAAGGAGGAGGAAGGAGGAGGAAUGAGAGGUAGCGAGAGGAAAAGAAAACAAACCGUGAUGAACUCCAAUGUAACAAGUUUGCUGCGCACGAGCCGCUUUUAGCGCAGUCUGACAACGACAUCCACACCGCCCGCUUUCAGCCUAAAUGCUCCCUUCUUUCAACAACUCCAAUGUCAGUUUAACAGAGUGAAGAGUCGCUGUGUUGUUAGAGAAAAGCCAUAAAAUAAAUAAAAAAAAAUGCUAAAGACGCUGACGAAGAAGCUCAGAAGACACUCACUGAAUGAAAUCCAUCCUUUCCAGCUCAAGAUUUCCUACCAUGGCAGUGCUGAGGGAGGAGAGAGCGAUGACUCAGAAGGGGAGAACCAGGAGCUUGCACAGAUUGACAGAGAGAGACGGAGAAAUUGCGCCCUCACCCCUUUGGCCACCAGCCAGCAGCAUAACCAAGGUCCCCUCUCCCCUGCGCGCUUGCGGCGUCUCCGCCUCCUCCUAGACGCCAACCUGGACCGUCACUCCUCCGAGGAGGAGCUGGAGCGGAUCAGCCGCGGCGACGGCAGGAAGUGGGUGUCCUCCCUACCGCAGCGGCACGGCGACCACCACAGCAGCGCCUCCAGCGACGAGGAGGUGCGGGACCUCUGCGGCUGCCGGUCGCCAGUCACGCCCUCGGCCAGGCCGCUGGUGGAGCCCGGCGCCUGUCUGGCCGCCUCGCCGAGCCCGGUGCUCUUCAGCUCCAGUCCGCCGCGUAGCCUCAGGCCACCUCCCAUGCGCUUUCAGCUGCAGGUGGUGCAGCCCGUGGCACGGCCCAUCAUCCUGACCCACUUCGACCAAUCAGCACCUUACAGGAAGUAUCGACACAGUUACAGCGGGGAGCCAGGGAGACCCAGUCUGGACUUGGAGAAAAUGCAACAGAAAAUGCUGCUCAAAAAGAAUUGCGGGGGGAAAACACGGAUUAUAAAGAUUCGGAACCUGAACGGAAGCCGCCCCGCUCCGAGAUACACCUACGACCCCUCCAUCUUCGCCUUCCGCUCGCUGAGCACCGUGCCCCCCUGCAGCCCCCUGACCACAUCUGAGGAUCCUCCGGGCUCAUAAGGAAACCCGUCCCGCCACAACCCGCCAGAUAGUUCCCCCGGCUCCCCUCCUUUCGCUCUUUCUUCAUUCCCAGACGGCUGCUUCUCUGUGGCUUCUGCAGUGAGACCAAGGUGAAAGACUUUGGUUGGUAUGGUGGACUGUUGCACACUCAGGUAUAACCCCUCCUCCACCCGCCCGCCCGUCGCCCUCCAGGGUGUAGAGUCUGGAGAGCGAAAGCGGCUGGACCCAACAUUUCUGAGGACGCUUGGAGUCUUGUGAAAGGAUUCUGUGGUUGGGUGAAAAACACAAACACUGCAGGGUAGGCGGUGGUGCACGAGCAAGACCAAGCUUUCGGAAAGCAGAGUUCAAAUCUAGGCUAAGAUUGAAAAUAAAAAAAUGCAUGUAAGACAAUCAAAUGGUUCCAGGGUUUCGUCCUUCAGUGAGAUCACUGGACAUCUUACGUUCUUGGUUGACAUCAUAUCCUAAAUACAUCAAGCUGAGUCGCUUGAUAUCUUGGUAAAUCGCGGUCAGGAGCGCCGGUUUACGUGUUUCGUAAGGUUGGCCUAAAACAAACAUGUACGAGUGCAGGUGAAUCAUUGACAUUUUGACGACGUGCGUUUCCUAAUGAGCCUGUCACUUGUUGUUCAGGUGGGAGUAGAAGGGGGACCUGUUGUGAUGUUUUGCAUGCUUCAUCACAGGAUUCACUGUUAAACAGAUUAUUUAUCUUCACUCUCAAUCUGCAGCGAGUUGAUUCUGGUAACUUUAGCCUUGUGCUCACUUCAAACCAGCUUCCGAAGACAUUUGAUCCAAGUGACCUGCAGCACCUGUUUCUUUGAGUGUAAUUUAGCACCUGAUUCAUUGCCUGCUUGGCUGCUGCAGUGUCGGGAACGCCCUGCGUCUGGAGGAGACGACUUGUUGAGUAAAUCUUUGAUCAGGCUGUGUUGCUGACAUUUAGCAACGGGGAUACUUGUGUUUUCAAGCUCUUGCUAUACCUGAGAUGUACCAUGCCUGGAGCAGGCGAUCAUAUGAAUAAGCAAUGGGUGCUUGUAGUUUGUCGCCAGCCUCAUUGUCUGCUCAGCUGUGGCCACGCACUGAGCGUGCUGGAAAUGGAUGACUGUGCACAGUCAUGACAGAGGUUAUCUUGGCUUCAGCCUCAUCAUUCUCCCCGAAGGUGAUGAUAGCCUCGUUAUUUUAUGUUCAAACAACUUUGAGUUGGAACUUCAUGAACAUGGCAGAAAAUCGCACCAGGACACAGUAGGCCCCCUUUAAGAACUCCCGUCCUCUUUUCUUGCAUGAAUCCCACUGCUGGUUCGCAGAAAGAGAGAUUUUACGUGCAAAUGAGGAAGUGCAACAAUAGUUUGCUGCACAUUCAGCAAGUGUAACCUGUGCUGUGUUCUGCAUAGCCUACUUGUAGUGUGCCAUUAUUAUUAUUACUUUGUUUUGUUUCCAAUAUUGUACCUCAAUAUUUUCUAGGUAGGAGAGGGCCGCUGGCGUAACUGAGUCGUCCCAGUAUUUCUUAAAGAUCUCUUAAUGCCUUGAAAUGACAUUCUUUUUUGUGUUUAAAUGAACCUUGUUUGAGAAGAGCUGACGAACGGUUUAAACACAAUGUCACCACUGUAACUAAGAAGAAAACCGAAGUGAAUGUAACAUUGUGACAUGUUCUUGUCCGUUGUUGCACAUGAAUGAAUCAAUAAAAGCCCUGUGGCCUCUUGUUUAGGA